CGCGAGGCUCUGGUAGGGGCCGUUCUUCCGCUAGGGAUUCAGAGAUGCCGGGCGCUUCCUUACUUGAAGUUGGAGACUCAGACAAAAUCAGGCUGAUUGACAGCCUAAGCUAUUUUCUAGUAUUAGAGACAAGGUUUCACUAUGUAGUUUUGGCUGGCCUGGAACUCACAGUUAUCUUCCUGCCCCUGUCUCUCGAGUGCUGGGUUUAGAAACUUAUGAACUCUACAAAAGAUUUAAUUAGGUGUGUGUGAAAGUACCCUGGGAAGUCAGACGGCGUCAGAUCCCUUGAAACUGGAGUAGCCGUCGGUUGUGAGCAGAAGUGGGUAUUGGGAACUGAAUUUAAGUCUUCUGCAAGAGCACCAAGUUCUUACUGAUAACCCAUUCUUCAGCCCCUGUUGCUGGGCAUUCUUCUUCAUCCUUAGCAUUGCUCCUACUCACCCUACUAACGUUUGAUGAAGAGCAGAACGAAAGUGACCCUCCCCUUCUAACUGUGAGGCAUGGAUAGGGACAGAAAGGUGCGGUUCCCUGGGUACCCCCAGAAACUGUGUGACUGAGGCUUCAGUGCUAGUAGUGGCUGCAAGUGGGACUGUGUAAGGCCACAGGACCAAGCCAGGCAUUCCAAGCUUCUCUGGGCUAGGCUAUACACGGGAUAUUUCCGACAGGAAUUCUGAGCUAGGCAUGUAGCUCUGCCAUAGAGCACUUGCCUAUCACUGCCCUAGGUUUGUUUCCCAGCAAGGCAAAACAAAUUAACGAAACCACCGACCAACCUUAAGCUGGUUACAUAUAUAGAAAAAAAAUAACUAAGAAAAAUACGCAUCCAGACUUUACCGUUUAGCUACCAUGGUUGGUACAGACCUGUAAUCCCUGCACUGGGGGAUUCAGGAACGGUAGUAGAGUUUAAAGCAUGUCUGCAUGUAGUUCUGAACCACUCAAGACCACAUAGCCAGACUGUGUUUCAAAAUGUGGCAAUAGAAAGUGAAGGUUAUACCAUUAAAUACCAAAGAAAGGGAAUCUGACUCAUAACAGCCCUGGUAAAGAAAUCACACGCAUUAGCAAGACCCCAAAGUCUCUGAUGGCUUUCCUUGGCACAGCAGUUAGGUGAGUGUGGUAGAGGGAGUGAAGCUCCUGGCUUGGGGAUGUGCGUGGUUAGCAAGUCUGAGACAGGCCUGACUGAUUUUGGGCUGUCUCAAAUUCAGUAGAGCUAGCAGCUCCAGGUUGCUUUGAAGUAGAUCUUAGGGGAGUAGAGGCUGCACUUAGCAGGUCAGAUGGGUGCAUUCCAGAGUGGAGGAAGAGGGUGAGGGUUUGAGAAGGUGGUAGCCUGGGAUGGCCAAGGGCAUGCCUGUCUUUGGAAUAGAGGUGCUUGAUCCACGUGAGAAGUCAGGAUGGAGAAUCUGGCUUGGCUGAGGUGAUGGCUGCUGUAAACGGCCUGGGAGUAGGAGGCAUUUGUAUCAAGUGUGGGCUUGGCAUCUACGGAGCGAGGCAGGCGUGCCAGGCGAUGGGGAGCCUGUAUCACACCGACUGCUUCAUCUGCGACUCCUGCGGGAGACGGCUCCGCGGGAAGGCCUUCUAUAACGUGGGUGAGAAAGUGUACUGCCAGGAGGACUUCCUGUACUCCGGGUUCCAGCAAACAGCUGACAAGUGUAGCGUGUGUGGACACCUCAUCAUGGAGAUGAUCCUGCAGGCUCUUGGCAAGUCCUACCACCCGGGCUGCUUCCGCUGUUCAGUGUGCAACGAGUGCCUAGAUGGGGUUCCCUUCACUGUGGAUGUGGAGAACAACAUUUACUGCGUUCGAGACUAUCAUACGGUGUUUGCACCAAAAUGUGCCUCCUGCGCCCGCCCCAUCCUCCCUGCACAGGGCUGUGAGACAACCAUUCGUGUGGUGUCCAUGGACAGAGACUACCAUGUGGAGUGUUACCACUGUGAGGACUGUGGGAUGCAGCUGAGUGGGGAGGAGGGACGCCGCUGCUACCCCCUGGAAGGUCACCUGCUCUGCCGUCGUUGCCACCUGAGGCGCCUUGGACAGGGUCCACUUCCCUCGCCUGCUGUGCAUGUGACUGAGCUCUGAAAAGCAGCCUUCAGAGAGAGGAGUGACCCACACUCCCCCUCCCCCGCUGCUGUCCCUUCCGCGGGGGCCGGACCCCCGCAACCAAGAAGCAGUUUCUAUUUAUUCACCUUCUGUGCCUCAAGUCACUCCCCCUGCUGGAUUCCAGGACACCCGCACCGUGGACUACCUUCUCCGCCUGGUCUCAGCUCCCACGGCAGAGAUCGGAGGGCCUUAGAGAUAGAUGGUGGGGGACCACAGAGCCAGGGAGCACUGACAACCUGGGAAAGACCACGAUUGGCCUUGAUGGCUAUUUUCAGCUGAAUUCUCCUACUCUCUGGAUCCUGGCUUGGGGUGCUUUUCUAGUGUCCCCAGCCUCAGAAGACCCCGGAGCAGAGAGGGGGUGAGGGGGGCUCUCUGUGACCUUGCCAGGGAGCAUCGGUGCACACUGUAUCAGGCUCACUACCAAAGCAUAUGAUUUGACUUAAAUUAAGUUUUUCCCUUCUGGAGGAUGUUUGCAUUUUCUUUAAAAGAAUAUAGUUUUCUUCUAGAACUUGGA